AUGCGUAGUCUCGCAAACCUGGUGGCUCUGGGCACAGCAGCUCAAAAUGUCAUCACUAAUGUGCUUCCCAACAACACCGGGCACCUCUUCGAACCUUCUGCUGGCCCAGUAGAAAUGAAAUUUGAGGGCCCUUUGUUGCCUGAUACCUACAACCGACCACUUUUCAACGACUAUGGUUUUGUUCUAAGAGGAAAUACUACUGAAGGCGAAGAUUGGAGCAUGUGGCUUUUCAUGUAUCGCCAAAUUGGCAACUCUGAAUUUAUAAUGCCAGAGGAUAUCUUUCAGCUCAGUCUCAUCCAUGGAUCCUUCAGCGAACAAGACAAACAAGUCAUGCAUGACAAUGAUUUUUCUACUAAAGGCCAGUCUGUGGAAGACUAUAGACCUACGGGAACAAUCAAGACAGAGUACUACAAUGACUAUGUUUCGUGGUCAUAUGAGGGCUUCAAGAUGGAAAGAUAUCACGACCAUUGGGAAGCUCACGGCACUUACAACAACAUCACUGUUAAUGUUGCCAUGUAUCAACGGGGCGACAUGGUGUAUCAUGCUGGAAAGUUUGACGCCCUUGAGGACUGCGAUGCUUCCACACCUCACAAGAAUUUUGACUGCUUUGGUGCCGCAGGGGGGAUCGUUCAUCUCCACAACGUGACCGGAUCUAUAGUCACUCAAGAAGGGAAAACAAUGGAGCUGGAUGUUGCUUAUGGUGUCCACGAACGCAUAAUGAAUGCCGGGGUUGUUCCUCCUCGGGUCGAAGAAGGGGCUGGAAGAGGUGCAAGCUGGUUUCACUCUUGGGGAAAGAAUGUGUCUUGGUGGUCAUUCUACGAGGAUGCCGGUCCUUACGCAGUUGGCCUGACCAACGUUGACAACUGUACUUAUUAUACCAGUGGACUGCCCAACGUGACGAUUGAGGAGCAGGCGUCUUGGAUUGACCCAAGAUCCCACUUUCUUGUGCCGUCCAAAUGGCGUACGUGGCAACGCUACGAUGACGGCUUUCUCGAGUCCUACGGCACCGGCUAUGCACGCCUGUACUAUUACUGGCUACGCAACCAUGGACUCAUCACCGUCUACCAAUAUUUGGGAGAUAGUAUCACCACCUUCACACGCAAGGACGGCUCGGUGGUCACUGAGAAUACAAUGGCCUUCUUGGAGUUCAUGCGCGAUACCAUCUCUUAG